AUGGCUGCGAAUCAGAAAGACUUUGAAGGAUGGGAAUUUAUAUUUGGUGACGGUGGAGAUCAAUCAAAUUCUCGUCCUAGAUCAAGAAGAGGGGUCACUGAGGAGUUAUCAGUUAGAAGAAUAAGUGAUGGAUUCGAAUUAAAACGAGGGGAUACAAUAUUAAUCCAUCAAGAUCGAGAUGAAUCUACGGAAGUGGCUUUUAUCAAAGAAUUCAGAUUAUCUGCUUCUAAAUUUUUAGAAAUGAUUGUUAUAUGGUUUAUACGAAGUAAAGAAAUUGAUCAUCGAAAAUUAUUGGAAACAAGACAUGAUACAAGUUAUCAUGAAUAUAGAAAAAAUGAAUUAUUCAUAACAGCUUAUACAAGUGAAGCAUAUCUUAAAGAAGUUAUCGACAAGGUUAAUGUGUUAUCAUUAAAAGAUUUUAAAAAGAUAGUAUUGGAUGAUUCAACUGCAGAUCUGACAUAUUUAUGUAGAAGAGGAAGUGAUGGAUAUAAUGAUGUGUUUUCACCAGUAUUUGAUUAUAAUAGGUUAACAUCAAAAUUAAAUUAUGAUCCAAUUGAGUUUAUGAAUCAUUUAAAAUCAAUUUGUCUUCCUGAAGCUAGGAGUAAAGAAAAAGAAGCAGAAAAGAAUAAAGAUAAAGAUAGUGAAAUAGAGGAGGAAAAAGAUGACGAUAAAGCUCCAGAAGAAGCAGAAAAAGAGGAAGAAGAAGAAGAGGUUGAUGAUGAUGACGACGAAGAUGCUGAUAUCGAUGAAGAAGUGAACGAAGACGAUGAAGACGACGAAGAAGAAGAGGAAGAGGAAGAGGAAGAAGAAGCUGACUUCACUCCAAAUACAAGAUCAAAAUUAAGAUCAAAGACUAGAACCAAAAGGAAAAGUCCAAGUCCUAAAAAAUCGCCCGCUAAAAAAGUCAAACUUCCAAGUGAAAUGCUCGAGAGUUUGUUAUCACCAAGAAAAGUUAAAUCUGGUGGAUCUAAACCAGCACCUCUGUCUCUUUCUCCUAAGAAAGGUGGGUCUGGAAAAGUACUUGGAGUUGAUUCUACUUCACAAGCCUUUAGGGAUAUAAAGAGUAAAUUACAUGCUUCUCAUAGAAUUGCAUCUUUACCAGGAAGAGAAGAUGAAUAUGCUUCACUUUAUUUAAAUCUUGAAUCUGCUAUCCAAGAAGAAACUGGAUGUUGUAUUUAUGUAAGUGGUACACCUGGGGUUGGGAAAACUGCUACUGUAAGAGAGGUCAUUGCUCAAUUAGAAGAUUCUACUAAGGCUGGUGAUGUAAAAGAAUUUGAUUAUCUUGAAAUCAAUGGGUUAAAAUUAUUAUCCCCUAAUGUCGCCUAUGAAGUUCUUUGGCAAAAAAUAAGUGGAUUAAAAGUAAGUGCAUCAAAUGCAUCUAUACUUUUAGAAAAAUAUUUCAGUGAAAAGGGUGAUAGAAAACCAUUAGUUAUCUUAAUGGAUGAACUUGAUCAAAUCGUCACUAAAAAACAAAAUGUGAUGUAUAAUUUUUUCAAUUGGCCUACUUAUGCAAAUUCAAAAUUAAUCGUCAUUGCCAUUGCUAAUACCAUGGAUUUACCAGAACGUAUUCUUUCUAAUAAAAUAUCUUCAAGAUUAGGGUUAAGAAGAAUUCAAUUCAUAGGUUAUACUUACGAACAAUUAGGACAUAUUAUAAAACAUAGAUUAAGUGAAAGUCAAAAAGUUAAUAGAAUGAAAGUGGUAGUGAAAGAAGAUGCUAUUUCAUUUGCAUCUAGAAAAAUUGCUAGUGUUAGUGGUGAUGCCAGAAGAGCAUUAACUAUAUGUCGUCGUGGGGUUGAGAUCGCAGAGUAUGAUUUCUUACGAAAGGAAGAUAAAUCAGAUUCAGUUUGUCAAGUUCAAAUAUCACAUAUAUCAAGAGCAAUUAACGAAACGGUUAACUCACCAAUAGCAGCGUUCUUAAGUUCAUUAUCAUUUGGUGCGAAGUUGCUUCUUGGAGCCGUUCUUCUUAGAAUGAAAAGAUCAGGUCUUGCUGAAAAUUCUCUUGGUGAUAUCAUUGAUGAAAUGAAUAUCUCUAUAAAAUAUUUCAUCACGAAAGACAGUAAUCAUAAAGACUUGGAAAAUUUCAAUACAAGUUUAGCUGAUUUACUUUACGGUAGUGGUCUUGUAUAUGAAACUGAAGCAGGAAUUUCAAAUAUUAGGAUUUAUCAUUUCAAACAAAUUCUAAAUGAAUUGGUUGAAAAUGGUAUAUUAACCCAACAAAAUAUAUUGAGUGAAAGAUAUAGACUGAUCCAUCUUAAUGUAUCUGAAGAAGAAGUCACUUCAGUAUUGAAAAGAGAUAAAGAGAUGGUGGGAUUUUUCUAA